AGCAGGGGGCGACACUUCAGCAUAUUCACAUCGCUGCUUCGCCGGGCGGGAUUUCCGCAAUAAUAUCAAGUAUGGCGAAGACAUACGACUAUUUGUUUAAAUUACUGUUAAUCGGCGACUCUGGUGUCGGGAAGACCUGUGUCCUCUUCAGGUUUUCAGAAGACGCCUUCAACUCAACGUUUAUCUCAACUAUAGGCAUUGAUUUCAAGAUCAGAACAAUAGAGCUUGACGGCAAGAAGAUAAAGUUACAGAUAUGGGAUACAGCUGGACAGGAGCGCUUCCGAACAAUCACAACAGCCUACUACAGAGGAGCAAUGGGCAUCAUGCUUGUCUACGACAUCACCAACGAGAAGUCUUUUGAGAAUAUCAAGAACUGGAUAAGGAACAUAGAGGAGCAUGCAUCCUCUGAUGUUGAGAAGAUGGUCCUUGGCAACAAGUGUGACAUCAACGACAAGCGGCAGGUGUCCAAAGACAGGGGGGAGAAGCUCGCAUUAGAGUAUGGAAUAAAAUUCAUGGAGACCAGUGCAAAGGCCAACAUCAAUGUGGAAAAUGCAUUUUUGACCCUCGCCAGAGACAUCAAAUCAAAAAUGGACACAAAAUUGGAGGGCAACAUGCCGCAGGGGAGCAGUCACGGAGUCAAGAUCUCAGAGCCUCAGAAAAAGACAAGCUUCUUCCGCUGUAGCCUACUCUGAGGGCCGAGGCCUUCGAUACUGGCUGCCAGCUGGCUGGACAUAAAUGGACUGUGCUUGCUCUUAGCACUUCCUUCUCCUUCCUUCUUUCUACCCAUCCAUGGCCUGUCCUCCCAGUCCACACAAACCAUUAUAUUCCCAGUAAGCAGAGGACUUUUCCUCUCAUCUUCUGAAAGCUUCCAAUGCUGCAUCUCUUCCAUUUUAAGGAGAUCUGUUGUCUUCAUGGGUCCGAGUGCUUGACUGGUAGAGGACUCCACCAGGAUCAUUGUCCAGAUGUUUCUUUUCACACAAAAGACAGGCUCUUACUUCUGAUGUUUAGUCUUGUUGUACUACACACUCAUAUUUCACGCAGCCGGUAGCCCAACCAAGGAUGACAAAACAAAUAUAUUUUAUUAGUACCUUUUUCCUUUUUAAGUGAUGCAGGUCAACCAGAGACUGAUUGGCUUGAACUCUAGUGAACGGAGUUGCACAUGCUUUCAUUUUCAUUUCAGCUGUUGAGAAUCAUAAUACGCAUCAGGCAGUCAAGGAUCAGAGAGGAAUUAGAUUGAAAGGUUUUCUAUUUGAGUUCUGCUUUUUGGUUUGCCUGUAGUCCUUGACAACCAUUUGAUGCAACUUAUAAUGCGUGUUUCAUCCUGCCUUGAUCAUUACACACUGCCACCAACUCUUUUUCGGCAAUAACUUUCAGGUGCAGUUUGGCAACACAAAACCUAAAAAUACAAUCCAGAUCUGUCUCUUUAGAUAAAGUUCUAAUGUCAAAUAAUCAGCAGAACAUUGUUGUUACCCAUGUGUAAGUACACCAUUAAGGAAAGUAUCAGGAUGUGCACGCUGUAUAAUAUAAACAAUUCUCCAAAAUUGAGUACGGUACAGUACAACAAUUGUUUUUAUUAUCAUUUGUUCUGCCACUUAAUUUCUUGAUUAAUCUAUACAUUGUUCCAUCUAUAAAAUGUCAGAAAAUAUUGAAAAAUGCCUGUUAAAGUUUCCUAAAGCCCAAAUUGACGACUUAAGAUAUCUUGUUUUGUCCAAGUAAGUCCAAAACCCCAAACCAUUAUAAAACCAAAUCAUAAUAAAGCAACGAAAGCAGCAAUCCUCACAUUCGAGAAGCUGGAGCUUGCGAAUGUUUGGUGUUUUUGCUUGGAAGUUGACUGAAAUUAA